AUGGCUCUGGGCGGCCUCUCAUGGGCGAGGAUAGUCAUUACGAGCGUCGUCGCGGCGCUCGCAUAUGGUGCUAUGCGACUGAUUCAAGUUCGCCGCUCCUACAAACACCUCCCUAAGCCACCUCACAGCUUCCUCUUUGGUCACCUGAAGCUGUUUGGCGAAACGUUUGGCAUGCUGCCGAGUGACGCGCACUAUCAGGUCGUAGUCACAACCAUUGCAAAGAAGUACAACAUGCCGGGUGUCUUCUACCUCGACUUAUGGCCGGUCUCAUGGAGCCACUUGGUCGUCGUCGAUCCCGACGUCGCGAUGGAAUUUACCGUCACCCGGAACCAUCCUAAGCAUGAAGCUGUUAGACAGACGACUGACCCUCUACUUGGAAAAGGCAAUAUUGCCAGCGCAGAGGGGCCACACUGGAAGCAUCUACACAAGAUGAUGAGUCCAGCAUUCUCCAUUACGAACAUCACCGAGAUGAGACCGAUUGUCGCCACCGAAGUCAUGAAGUAUCGGACCAUUCUGCAAGAAAAAGCAAAAUCAGGACAGUCUUUUCGGCUGGAAGAUUUGGCUCAUCAUCUAACAUUUGAUGUUAUUUCGAAAGCAGCGACUGGACGAUCAUUCGAUACUCAGACAAAAGGAAGUCUUGCUUUGCAGCAUUUCGAAGCCAUGGUUCGGGCCUCGAUGAAAUCAAGAGAAUCUUUCAACUAUAUCAGCAACUUUUUCGUUAAUAUAGUCCGAGAUCGCGAAAGGCGCAAGCUAGACUCGUUGGUGGCUGAACUCAUAAAAGAAAGAUUUGAGUUCGUAAAGAAUAAUGAUCUUGACCUGUCCCAGAAACGGGGGCUUUGUAUUAUGGACCUUAUGCUGAGAGAUUACCUACAAAACACUGCAGAGCAUACAUCAGCCGAGCUCGACCCUGAGUUUUCAACAAAUGCUAUUACUCAGGUCAAGACUUUACUCAUCGCCGGCAGCGGCACAACAUCAGAUACGGUCUGCUUUGGACAUAUGCUACUGAGUGUGCAUCCAGAAGUAGUUCAAAAGAUGCGAGAAGAGCAUGACCGUGUCUUCGCUCCCGGCAUCGAUGCAACAUGCGAUCUUGUAAAGGCUAAGCCGUACAAAAUGAACGACCUUGUGUAUACGAUUGCCGUCAUCAAAGAGAUUCUCAGAUUCUAUCCGAUAGGUAAUACUGCUCGCGAAGGCAUGGAUAGCCUGACGUAUCAAGGUCAGCAAUGGCCAUCUAAGGGGAAAAUGGUUUGUCCUGUUCAGCUAGCUAUGCACAUGGACCCAAAUCAUUUCAAAGAUCCCCUCAAAUUCGAGCCUGAGCGGUUCAUACGCCAAGACUAUACACGGACUGCAUGGCGCCCGUUCGAACGGGGGCCUCGUGCUUGUAUCGGCAAAACACUGGCAAUGGAUGAAUUGACGCUUGUUUUCCUGCUGACUGCGAGAGAGUUUGACUUUAGGUGCGCAGAUCUCAAGCCGAACAAAACGGCCAGGACAGAAUGGAACAACCUCGAUUUGACUUUUGGAGACAGAGCAUAUCAGGAGUUUGUGUUCGAAGCCUCACCGCGCGACGGCAUGCCAAUGACGGUGAAAAAAUCCGACUGGCCAUCGUGAUUGCGGCCUGCAACGUGAUUUACCAUGUCGAGUUAGGAAUGGCUACCGGACGAUCCGUGUACACAACUAGCGUAUGCUUGCAUACGGGGGUCUUAGAGUUUACUUUUAUUCAAUAGUACGCACUCUCCAUGAAUCUAAAGCUGCCACAGA